UUCGCGGGGGCUGCUGCUGCUGCUGCUGCGUUGGUCCGGCUGCCGCCGCCGCCGCCAUGAACAGCGUGGGCGAGGCCUGCACGGAGCUGAAGCAGGAAUACGACCAGUGCUUCAACCGCUGGUUCGCCGAGAAGUUCCUGAAGGAGGGCGGCGGCGGCGGGGACCCCUGCGUCCAGCUCUUCAAGCGCUACCAGCUCUGCGUCCAGAAAGCUAUUAAGGAGAAGGACAUACCCAUUGAAGGGCUGGAAUUCAUGGGCCCCAGCAAAGGAAAGUCUGAAAACUCUUCCUGACUAUGAUGGCACCAGAAAAAAUAUCUCUUGAACUUUGAAAAACAGCUGUGCUAAAACUACUUGGCUGCUGAACAAGGUUCUACCUAGAUUUUCUCGGUGGAUGGUGAAAUAACAAGAACUCUUCUCCAUGGCAACAUCUGCCCCACAAAUACAGGAGGUUCAGUUUCACUGGCAGCUGUGGAAGGGGACAUCUUCAUGUAUGGGGAAAGGGACUCUGUCAGAUUUACAACUGAAUGUAUUUCUAGCAAUGGUAUCAGGUAGACCCUGGUUUAUCAACUGAUUGCUCUUAUUUAUGUAAUCUUAACUGUAACUGUUAAAAUGAAUGUCAGGGAGUCUGAUUGAUGUGUUCUGCUGGAAUUUUGUUUCCUUAAUUUUUUUCUGUUCAUCAGUGCCACUUAAAUCCUUCCUCUUAGGGUGCAGUGUUGAACGAUAAAUGAUGCAGCAUUCAAGCGAAAUGAUGGUACAGGACGGUUGUGACUUUUUCUGAGGAAGAUGGCCUCAUGCUAUGCAUGCUUGUUAUUCAAAGUUUUGUAAAAUCUUCCAUUUCUCUGCCAUGCUUGCAAGCCUGAAGAAAACAUUUUAGGUGUACAAUGGCACCUUUUUUCCGAAGGGAGAUAAAACCCACGCUGAGAA